AUGGAUCUUCUAAAAGCUAAAGAUGAACUUGCUCUUUUGAAAUCAGUCCUUGAAGACAUGAGCACUGACAUUGAUAACAGACAUCAUAAUCUCUACCAGGAAGCAGUGACCAUUGCAAGACAAGUAGCAGUCCAGCCAGAAAUGCCAAGGAUAGCCCAGAGACAAAUGCAUAGAAAUAAUGCUCCUGCUGCAACUCCUGAGGGGUAUUUCAAGAUCAAUCUCACUAGAGUUUUUCUUGACCAUGUACUCCAGCAGCUCAACAUCAGAUUCCAGGAUGAUGUAUUUGUUUGCUAUAAAGGUAUUUCGAUUAUUCCCUCUGUUUUACUAGCUACUGACCCUGCCUGGAAGGCCAAUGUUUUGGAAUUUUGUAACCAUUACAGACAGGACAUACCAAAUUAUGCAGGAUUACAGGCAGAGCUUUUGUUAUGGGAGAGAUUGUGGAAGGGGAGGGAUAACAGAGGAGAUGUUACAUCAAAAAUUUAA